AUGGCCGAGGGAAAUAACCUGAUACAGAGAAUCUAUCUAUCUAUCUAUCUAUCUAUCUAUCUAUCUAUCUAUCUGUAUAAAUGUACAAAUAUCUGUCUAUCUAUGUAUUCAUAUCUAUCUAUUUGUAUAAAUGUAUUCCUAUCUAUCUACCUAUCUAUCUAUCUAUCUAUCUGUAAAAAUGUAUUCAUAUCUAUCUAUCUAUUUAUCUAUCUACCUACCUAUCUAUCUCUCUGUAUAAAUGUACUCAUAUUUAUCUAUCUAUCUAUCUAUUAUAUUUCAUAUCUAUUUGCACAAACACACACACACCUACAUAUAUGUGUAUAUAUAUAUUUUCUGCUCUUGCUCAUAUUAAUUUUUUUCUUUUAUUCCUCGAUAUCUAAACUUUAUUCCGCCAUGUUUUUUUUGUUUUUUUUUUCAUUCUUCUUUCUUUCUGGUUUUCCUUCCUCCUUUCUUUCUUUUCUCGCUUCCCGCCUUUCUUUUUUUUUAUUUCCUAUUUUCCUAGCCUCUGUACUUCUUCCUUCAUCCAUUCUCUCUCUUUUUCUUUCAUUUAUUCUUAAUUACUUCUUUAUUUCUUACCUCCUCUCCUGUCUUCUUUUCCUUCCUUCCUUUCUUCCUUCCUUCAUUCCUUAUUAUUUCCUUUUAUCGGUCAUUCUAUCUUUCAUCCACCCUUUUUCCGUCCUUCUUUCUUCCUUUCCUUCUUUCUCCGGUUUUAUUUAUUUCCAUCCCCAUUCUGACCGUAUUUCUUUCUUCGUUUUUUAUUUACUUAAUUCAUAUAUUCAUUCAUUGUUUCUUUCUUUCUUUCUUUUUUCUUUUUUUCUUUCUUUCUUUCUUUCUUUCUUCUCUAGUCUUUACCUUAUCUCCUUACGUUUUCCUUCCUUUCUUCCUUUUAUCACACUUUCUUCUCCUUUCCAUCAAACAUGUUCUUUUCUUCGGCCAGUCCUUCUUUUUCUGUUUAUAUCUAUCUAUCUAUCUAUCUAUCUAUCUAUCUAUCUAUUUCAUUCUGUUCUUAUCUAUCUAUCUAUCUAUCUAUCUAUCUAUCUAUCUAUCUAUCUUGAACUGUUCAUACUAUCUUGGAAUAUUCAUAUGUAUUUAUCGAUCUUGGACUGUUCAUAUCUAUCUAUCUAUCUAUCUAUCUAUCUAUCUAUCUGUAGUUCUUUUUUUUUUUUUCCUUUUUGUUAUUUCAUCACACUGCAUUCACUUGUAUUAUUCUUUUAUCCCCACCACCGUCGUCUCUGGUCGCCUCAUCAUCCAAUAGAACAUUCUUCAUCUACAUCUUCCUCCUCCUCUUCUUCUUCUUCUUCUUCUUCUUCUUCUUAUUAUUAUUAUUAUUAUUAUUAUCAUUAUUAUUAUUAUUAUUAUUAUUAUUAUUAUUAUUUUUCCCUCUUUCUCUCUUUUCUAAUAUUUAUCGUUCUAUUUUCCGUCUCAUUUUACCUAUUUAUUUUUUUUUCAUUUCUUAAUCUGCCCCACGUUUUACUACUACCUUUUCUCUUCUUUUAA